AUGGCACCCAAUCUACACCUGGCCCUGCUGCACGCUCGUGCAUUGGGUUUCGCGGACACCAGCAACAUAACGUGUGCUCGGCCUCAGUCUGGACUUGUGGGCGAACCUCUCACGCAGGGUGGGACCUUAACCCUCCACCAGCUCAUGAUUCUGAUUGCAGCACCCUGCCUAGGCCUGACGAUCCUCAGCACCGUGUUCCUUAGCUGGAAACACCUUCAUCGGUACACGGCACCACAGGAGCAGCGGCAAAUCCUACGCAUCGUCAAUCUUCCCGCUGCGUACGCCAUUUUCCACUUCCUCGCCCUCUGCUUCUACCAGGAUUACUUCUAUAUCGCGCCAAUUUCCGAAGUCUACGAAGGCUUCGCAGUCGCCGCGCUUUUCUUACUCAUGCUUGAGUAUGCGUGUCCGGACGGCACAGACCGGGAGGCCUACUUCAACAAACUUCCGAAUCAGGACAAGAAAGGCAACACUCUCCCCGGAGGGAGCUUGCAGUGGUUUCAACGAACCUGGAGCAGCGUUCUACAGUAUCCGCUGAGCAAGUUCCUGCUCAUUGUCGUCCAAAUUAUCACUCAGUACUUUGGCGUCUACUGCGAGAACAGCUUCAGUCCGAAGCAUGCCCAUUUGUGGCUCGCCCUGCUCGAUUUCUUGUUCGUCGGCGGAGCGCUGGGCGCCACCAUCAACUUUUGCAGGCGACUGGCAAAGGAGAAAGCAGUUGAUCCUAUACACGGUGGCAGGUGGAAAGUGUAUUCUUUCCUGGGCAUCAUCCUCUUUCAGAUUCUGCAAGGCUCACGAGGCCCGAUGCUCACGCUGACUUUCAAUCGGAUCGUCUUUGGCAUCCUGAAUGGAAAGCUGUUCAGUCCUUCACCAAAAGCCACCUAUAAUGACAUCAACUUCGGCAUUCCCGCCUUCCUGACGUGCGUCGAAGCCGUCAUCUUCUCGCUCAUCUUCCAGUGGACCUUCCGUUCAAGAGAAUACGCGCAGCGAUCGGACCGCUACGGACAAGGACCAGCUCAGCGGACUCGGACCUGGAAAGCUAUCUUAGACGCGCUCAAUCUCUCGGACAUCAUCGCCGGCACAGUCGUGGCCUUUCAGCUCCUUUUCAUUCGCGUAUCAAGCCGGUACGGUGCCCGUUCCGGACCACGACGUGAGAAGGCUGUAGACGGCGGCGCAAGCAUGGAGCCGCUCUCGCACCGCACUAAGGUGCGCGGGUACAGCAAUGUGUCGGACUUUGAUGAUCAGCUCACUCCCCCCGAGGAGACCGGGUUUAACGGACCAAACGUGUACGCGCCGGCUGUGCCUCCAGCCGCACGAGACCCUUCGCCGUCAGCAGGAAAUCGGAUGUACAGAUCGACCAACCUCGGUACCGAGACUGAAUAUCAGCCAUUGACACGAUCAAGAGAGCCAAGUCCAAGCGGUCUAGAGCAGCAGUAUCCUCGGCAGAUGGUCUGA